CACAGAGAAGAAGAACCAAAGUGGCCGCUUGAAAGUACCGCGUAAAAUAUGUCUUCUGUUGAAGUGGAAAAACACCUAAAAUCGCCCCAAGAAGGAGCCGGAUCUCCUGGUGGGGCCGCAGCCGUGGCCAUCAAGGAGGAUGCCAACGAAACGGAACGUCUUGUGAAACUGAUCACCGGAAUGGGUUAUCCGGAAGGCGAAGCCCGUCUCGCUCUCGCCCACAGCAACAACAACGUGCAGCGCGCCAUUCAGAUCCUGGUGGAAGGACACGGGGACGAGGAGGAUGCCGCCACGCGGUCUCACCGUCGCAGUCGACGGCGCAUUCGAGAAUUGCGCAGCAGCCUUCUCGGCAAUCCUGCCACCACCGAUUACGUCAUCAAUCAGCUGAUGACGCAGCAAAGUAACGUGAGAGCUUUGACGGAAAUGCUAAACGGCGGCAGUGUGGAGGCCAUGAAGCUGCUGCUGGCCGAGGAGGAUGAGGGGAAGGAGGAAGAGCAGCUGGGUAGAGCUUUGGAGACGGAAUCUCAAGAGGACUCUAAUGGAGAGGAGGAAGAGGAUGGGGAAGAGGAAGAGGAAGUGGAAGAGUAG